AUUAGCCUGUGUAGACUUCACAGGCUAAUAUGGGACUACCAUUUGCACUAAUGAAGCCCGGUAUUCCCAGAGCGUGUCUCUUGUGUUAAACAAAUCUCUUUUUCUUGUCAGCUCUUUAUUUGGCCGCACAAUAUGUCCAGGCAGGACUGAUAGACAUUUUAUCCAAGAACGGUUGCCUUGCCGAUGCCUCCGAUGUCCUGGGCCGCACUCCACUGCAUAUGGCGGCAUUGAAGGGACAUCAAAACAUCAUUAGUAAGGAGUACAAUGGAUUCCUGUAUGAUGAAAUGCAGGGCGUUGCCCUAGUAAGCUCUACCCUCCUGGCUAUGGACAAGAAACAGAAACCCUUCUCUAGACGACCCUGCAUUGCUACGUUAAAGAUCAGCGGUUUUGACUGCGCACUGGUAAGUGUACAUCUGAAGGCAACCGGUCUGGAGAAUGAGGACAUCGGUCGACUGCAGGCAGAGAUUGACAAUAUCCCCAACCUUAUAGAGGCAAUUAGGACCGCUUUGCCAGGGGAAAAUGAUAUUAUGCUGCUUGGUGACUUUAACCUGUCUCCAGAUACCAAAGAUUUUGAUGAUCUUCGAAAUCUAGGCUAUCACAAUUGUAUUGCCGACGGUGUCUUCACAAACAUAAGCGACGCGAACAAAAAAGGCAGCAAGACAUACGAUAACAUCUGGAUAUCUAAACAGACAAAAAAAGUGUUCACUGGUCAAUGUGACGUCGUGAGAGAGGGCCUGUCCAGUCCCUGGAUCCCUAAGGGCUGGACGUGGGGCGGGGUCGUGAGUGACCACUGUCCAGUGUGGGCCCAGUUCUACACGGGCCGUGACCUUGACACUGGAGACCUGAAGAUCGGACCAGAGGUUAUUAAAUUUGCACUGACUGACUGAUGUUUUGUAAAAGAUUAGAAUAUUACACAUGUUACUCUGGUUAUGUGACAGACAUCACUGAUAUCGAAUUGGUGAUGCAAUUCUUCAAACAGUAAACAGUGAAAAUAUUCCACACUUUUCAUUAUGUUAUUGCUGUGAAAAUCGCCAUUUAAACUACUUUAAAAUGGAAGCCAAUAAUAAACUUACAAGACACAAUUAACCAGCGAUUGAACAUUUUUGUGUUUUAAUAUCAGAAAUAUUCUCUUGGUCAAAUGUUAACAAUUUAUUUAGCAAAUUUGUUCAACAUGUUAUGGUACUUGAAGUUU